GAAAUCAAAACUGAAGUCUUUGAGGAAAUCAUCGAAUUGCCGAAAGAUGAUGAAGAAAAAACAGAAGAAAUUAUCGAAACAAUGGAAGUAACACCUGAAGGUGAAAAGAAAAUUGUCAAAAAGAUCAAAAAAGAAAAGAAACCAACCGAAGAAGAAAAACCAAUUCCUGGAGAAAUAAUUAAACAGCCAAAAGAAUCAGAAAUGAUUGAAACAACCGAAUUUAUAGAAACCAUUGAGGAAACACCUGAAGGUGAAAAGAAAGUUGUCAAAAAGAUCAAAAAAAUCAAGAAACCAAAACAACCACUCGAUGAAGAAUCGAUACCAGAAAUCGAUUAUGAGAAACCAAUAGAGGAAGAGAAACCGAUUAUUGAAGAGAUUACUGAACAACUUGAAGAAAGAGAAUUGAUUGAGACAACCGAAGUUAUCGAAACAGUCGAAAUGACACCUGAAGGUGAAAAGAAAAUUGUUAAAAAGAUCAAAAAAGUCAAGAAACCGAAAAUCACAGAAGAAAAAGUAAGCUUAAAACCAGACCAACAACAACCAAUGGAUGAAAAAUCGCCCGAAGAGGACAUUCGUCCAGAAACUGAAUCGACAAUCGAUACAGAAACAAAAAAGAAAAUAUUAAAGAAACCAAAACUGAAAGAAUCGAUCACUGAAGUUCCAGAAAUAAGCGAUAAAGAAGUUACUGAAGAAAUUAAAACCGAAAUAUUCGAAGAAAUCAUUGAAUUGCUCAAAGAUGAUGAAGAAAAACCGGAAGAAAUUAUGGAAACAAUCGAAAUGACACCUGAAGGCGAAAAGAAAAUUGUGAAAAAGAUCAAAAAGACAAAGAAACCAAAAGAUGGUAAAUUAGAAGACAUGAAACCCGAAAUCAAAGAUACGAAACCAACUGAAGAAGAGAAACCGAUCCAGGAAGAAACAACUGAACAACCUGAAGAAAGACAAUUGAUUGAAACAACCGAAGUAAUCGAGACAAUCGAAAUGACACCUGAAGGCGAAAAGAAAAUUGUCAAAAAGUUCAAGAAGACAAAGAAAACAAAAGAUGAAAAAACUGUGGAAGAAGAAUCGAAACCAGAAAAACCAAUAGUGGAAGAAAAACCGAUUAUCGAAGAGAUUACUGAACAGCCUGUUGAAUCAGAAUUGAUUGAAACAACCGAAGUUAUCGAAACCAUUGAGGAAACACCUGAUGGUGAUAAAAAGAUUGUCAAAAAGAUCAAGAAAAUAAAGAAACCAAAAGAUGAAAAACCUCUGGAAGAGGAAACAAAACCAUUAAUCGAUUAUAAAAAACCAAUCGAGGAAAAGAAACCAAAACCAGAAGAAAUCGCGGAAAAACCUGAAGAAAAAGAGAUGAUCGAAACCACAGAAGUUAUUGAGACGAUUGAGGAAACACCCGAAGGUGACAAAAAAGUUGUCAAAAAGAUCAAAAAAGUAAAGAGGCCAAAGGAAGAAAAACCCAUUGAUGAACCAACUGAAUUCGUCGAAUUAAUUGACAUUUAUGAAGUUGUCGAAUCAAUUGCAACAGUUGAACAUGUUGAUGGGAAAAAGCGAAAGGUCCACAAAAUAAAGAAAAUCAAAAAGCCUGAAGAUCAGCAACCGAUUGAAUAUGAAGAAAAACCAGAUGAUCAGGUAAUUUUGGAUUCAGAAGACAAACCAGAAAAAGUAAUACGCAAAAUCAAAAAGGAUAAAAAACCAAAAGAAGAAAAAUCAGAUGAAAAAGUGAUACCCGAACAACCAACUGCAACAGAUAUAACAGAAACAACGGAAAUCAUUCAAACUGUUCAAGAAAUCGACACACCACAAGGCAAAAAGAAAGUUGUCAAAAAAGUGAAAAAGACAAGGAAAACUGAAGAGAUGAAGCAAACAGAAGAUGAAAAGUCAAUUGAUAAAUCAGAUGAUGUUAUGGAAUCGAUAGAAGAGAUUGAAACACCUGAAGGUAAAAAGACUGUUUUGAAAAAAGUCAAAAAAUCCAAAAAACCAAAAGAAGAAAAACCAUUGGAUGAAGAAUCGAAACCAUCGAUCGAUUAUGAAAAGCCGAUCGAAGAAGAUAAACCGAUCCAAGAAAAAAUUAUUGAACAACCUGAAACAACCGAAGUGAUCGAAACAUCUGAAUUGAUUGAAACCAUCGAGGAGACAUCUGAAGGCGAUAAGAAAGUUGUCAAAAAGAUAAAGAAGAUAAAGAAACCUAAAGAUGAUGAAACUAUUAAAAAAUCGAUCGAAUUCAUCGAAUCGAUUGAGAUCUAUGAAGUCAUCGAAUCAAUUUCCACUAUUGAGAUCAUUCAAGGUAAAAAGAAAAAAAUUUAUAAAAUUAAGAAAGUAAAAAAACCAGAAGAAAAAGAACCGAUUGAAUACAAAGAAGAACCAGAAGACCAGAUAAUUCUGGAUGAAGAUGAUAAACCGGAAAAAGUUAUUCGUAAAGUCAAAAAAGACAAAAAGAAACCAGAAGAGGAAUUACCCGAACAGCCGACUCAAACUGAAAUGACUGAAACGACAGAAUUGAUUGAAACGAUAGAAGAAAUCGAAACACCAGAAGGCAAGAAAAGUGUUAAAAAGAUUAAAAAAGUCAAAAAAACCAAAGAAGAAAAACCCGAUGUUGAAACGAAACCUGAAGAACCAGAAUUUCAAUCAUCACCCGAAAUAACAAAACAUGUAGUUGAUGAACCAUCAGAGAUUCUAGAAGAAAGUAGCAUUGUCGAAACAAUUGAAGAAAGUGAAAUAACACCAGAAGGUGAAAAUAAAUUUGUGAAAAGAAAAACAAAGAAACUAAAACAUCCUGAUGAAAAAGAAGAAUUGCCUUCUGAAGAAAAAUUGCCAAUUGAAGAGGAAAUCCAGCCAGUCGACGAACCAGUUGGAGAAAAACCCGAGGAACCAGAGAAACCGAAAAAACCAAAACGAAAAUCAAAACCCGUGGAAGUCAUCGAAGAUCAACCAUUAUUAUUGGAUGAGAAACCAGAUGACAAAGAAAAUGUAUUUGAAACGGCCGUUGCCACAACAAUCGCAGAGGAAAAACCAGAAACAAUUUUGGAUGGGAAAGACGAAACAAUCGUAAAAAUUGUUGUUGAUGAUAAACAAGAACUUCAACAACAAACUAUUGUCGUUGGCGAACAAGAAGAAGAGAUUCCAGUACAAUUCAUAACGAUUGAACCAGAGAUGAUGGUGAUGGAAGAAGAAAAAGUAAAACAGCAGAAAGUUGGAAAGAAAAUCAAAAAAUCGAAACAACCAAAAGAAGAAGAAUCGAAACCUUUGGAAGAAGAAACACCAGCUUCAUUCAUAUCACCAAAUGAAUUACGAAUAUCACCAAUUGAAGAUGAAAAACUUGAAUCCGUACAGCCAUUAUUAUAUGAAGCUGAAUGUAAAGAUUUAAAAUCAAUCAUAUUGAAUGAAUGUUGUUUUGCUGAACCAUUUAAUCGAAAAUCAACAACAACAACAAUCAGUACGGUGCCAGAGAAAAUAACCGAACAAACAGUGUAUGAUAUAACGUUUGAAAAUUUUACAAAAGUUUUGAAAAAAAUCGAUGGUGAUGAUGGUGAUGAUGGAAAGCAGCCAGAUAAACAACAAGAAAAACAACCAGAAUCAGCUGAAGAAAAACCAAAAGAAAUAUCCAUCAAAUUGAAUCUUGUAACACCAGUGAUUGCAUUUGAUAAAACCAAGGAUUACAUAAUUCCAUUAGAAUUGUCUGGUGAACAAUUGUCCAGAUUUGAACAGCAUAUGAUUGAUGAUCAUAAUAUUGAUCAAUCAUUAUUGGAUGAAAUGAAACAAUCCACGUGUCCAAUUGAAUGUCGUACGAAUAUCAAAUUACAACUGAGUCAAUGUUAUGCAACCGUUACGGAAACACCGUUAUAUGAAACAUAUCAAAUGUUGGAAGAAUUUACAGCGGAUGAUGAAUUUGAAAAGAUCGAUAAACCAUCAACAAUUGAAGAACAUCGUGAAACACAAUCUGUAAUAACGGAAGAAACAUUUGUAUUUGAAACAUGUAAACCAUUCAAAAUUCCAGAUGAAUUAUGUCAAGCCACUGAAGUAUUCGAUGAUGAUCUAACCAAACCGGAAACCAAAGAAGAUGAAGAAAAACAACCGACAAAGAAAAAAGUGAAAAAACCUAAAAAAGAUAAACGUGAACCAUCGAUAACCAUUGAAGAGAUCAAUGUUACAUCACAAGAUGAAGAUCAAAACGAACAGCAACCAAUGAAAAAACCAAUGAAACCAGUUGUAUCAUUGUUUCAAGAGGAACGUGAUAUAAAAAUUCAGAUUGAAUUGGAUGAUUUAGAAAUCAAAGAUUUCACUGAAGGUGAUGAUGAUGAUUUAUCACGAUUGGAUAUGUCGGGAAAAAUUGAAUUAAUCAGUGAAGAUGAUGAUCAACUAAAAUCAUUGGGUGAAGAAUUGGAAUCACUGGGCGAGGAAUUGAUCGAAGAUCAACCAACGGAAACGACAAAAAUUAAAAAAUCAAAGAAAAUGAAAAAAGUUUUAAGACGAAAAUCAACACUCGAUGAUGAUGAAGAAAAGCCGAAAUUUGUUACCACUGAAGAUUUGAUUGAAUUAAAACCAACGGAUGAUUUACCAUUACAAGAAGAAAAGCAGACAACGAUUGAAGAUGAAAUUCAUCCAGAUAUUGAAUCUGAAAUUGAUGUUGAAACAAAAAAGAAAGUGAUAAAGAAAAUGAAACCAAAAGAACAAUUUGUUACCGAAUUAGAUGGAUUUGAUCAAAAAGAAGUGACAGAAGAGGUGAAAACAGAAAUUUUUGAAGAAAUUAUUGAAUUGCCAUCGGAUGAACAGCCAGAAAAACGGGAAGAUGAUGAAAAGCCUAUUGAUGAUGAUAGGCCACACGAUGAAAAAGAAAAACCGAAAAAGAAAAAAGUCAUCAGACGAAAAUCCAAACCAGAUGCAUUGGAAACUAAACCAACCGAUGAAGAGACGAAAAUCAUCACUGAAGAAUUGAUUGCCUUGAAACCAACCGAUGAAAUUCUCGAGGAACAAGCUCCUGAAGAAGAGAUACAACCUGAUAUUGAAUCCGAAGUUGGCGUUGAAACCAAGAAAAAAUUGGUUAAAAAAUUAACAAAACCAAAAGAACCAACAGCUGAUUUACAUGAAGCUGAGGAAAAAGAAAUAACCGAAGAAACUAUAGUCACUGUGACUGAGGAAAUCAUCGAAUUUCCCGAUGAAAAGCAAAAACCAGAGGAAGAAAUUCCAGAAGAGAAACCCGAAGAAGGUAAACCAAAAAAACCUUCAAAGAAAAAAGUCAUCAGACGAAAAUCUAAACAAGAUGCUUUGGAAGCUAAACCCGAAGAGGAGACAAAAGUCACAACAGAAGAAGUGAUUGCCUUGAAACCAACCGAUGAAAUUCUUGAGGAACAAGCUCCUGAAGAAGAGAUACAACCUGACAUCGAAUCCGAAGUUGGAGUUGAAACAAAGAAAAAAUUGGUUAAAAAAUUAACGAAACCAAAAGAACCAACAGCUGAAUUGCAGGAUGCCGAUGAAAAAGAAAUAACCGAAGAAACGACAGUCACUGUGACUGAAGAAAUCAUCGAACUACCAGAUGAAGAUGCUGAAACUAAACCAGAUAAAGAUGAAGAAAAGCCAAAAAAGAAGAAAAAAGUAAAGAAACAAAUCACAGAGCAAGUGAUUGAAGUGAUUGAAAUCUAUGAAGUUGUUGAAUCAAUUCCAACAGUUGAAAUAAUCGAAGGCAAGAAGAAAAAGGUGCACAAAAUCAAAAAAAUCAAAAAGCCUGAAGAUCAACAACCGAUCGAGUAUAAAGAAGAACCAGAAGAUCAAGUGAUUCUGGAUGCAGAAGAUAAACCAGAAAAGGUUAUCCGAAAAGUCAAAAAAGACAAAAAACCUAAAGAAGAGAAAGAUGAAGAAGUUAUACCUGAACAGCCCAGUGAAAGUGAAACAACGGAAAUCAUUGAAACUGUUCAAGAAAUCGAUACACCAGAAGGUAAAAAGAAAGUUGUCAAAAAAGUGAAAAAGACAAAGAAAACUGAUGAAGCCACACCAAUCACUGAUAAAAUUGAACUCGUUGAAGAAGAAGAUAAACCAGAAGAAAUCACGGAAUCAAUAGAGGAGAUUGAAACACCAGAAGGCAAAAAGACUGUCCUCAAAAAGGUUAAAAAAUCCAAAAUCAAAGUUGAAGACGAAGAAGAAGAAAAGAAACCAGAAGAAAAAGACGAAAUGCACGAAGAAGAUACAAAAUCUAAAAAACCGAAAAAAUUGAAACACAAAAAACCUACUGAGGAUGAUGAAAAAGCAAUCACUGAAGAAAUGAUUGACUUGAAACCAUCAGAUGAAAUUUUGGAAGAAAAAGCUCUAGAAGAUGAAAUUCAACCUGAUAUUGAAUCCGAAGUUGGAGUUGAAACAAAGAAAAAAUUGACUAAACCAAAAGAACCAACAGCUGAAUUGCAUGAUGCCGAUGAAAAAGAAAUAACCGAAGAAACUACAGUCAUUGUGACUGAGGAAAUCAUCGAAUUACCAGAUGAAGAAGUCGAAAAACCAGAAGAUGAAACUAAACCAGAUGAAGAUAAAGAAAAACCGAAAAAGAAAAAAGUCAUCAGACGAAAAUCUAAACCAGAUGCCUUGGAAAUUAAACCCGAAGAGGAGACAAAAGUCACAACAGAAGAAGUGAUUGCCUUGAAACCAACCGAUGAAAUUCUCGAGGAACAAGCUCCUGAAGAAGAGAUACAACCUGAUAUUGAAUCCGAAGUUGGCGUUGAAACCAAGAAAAAAUUGGUUAAAAAAUUAACAAAACCAAAAGAACCAACAGCAGAAUUACAGGAAGCCGAGGAAAAAGAAAUUAUUGAAGAAACAAAAGUCACAUUUACUGAAGAAAUAAUCGAACUUCCUGAUGAAGUGCAAAAACCAGGGAAAGAAAUUCCAGAAGAGAAACCCGAAGAAGGUAAACCGAAAAAACCUUCAAAGAAAAAAGUCAUCAGACGAAAAUCCAAACCAGAAAUUACUGAAGAACAACCAGAAAAACCAGUGGUUACCGAAGAAUUGAUUGACUUGAAACCAAAAGACGAACUUUUUGAAGAACAAAAACCUGAAGAUGAAAUUCAACCAGAACUUGAUGAAUCUAAAAUAGAUGUUGAAACAGUCAAAAAGACUGUGAAAAAAUCGAAACAAAAAGAUUCAGUAACAAAACCACAGGAAACAGAAGAAGAUAAAGAAAUUACGGAAGAAACACAAAUUACAGUAACUGAAGAAAUUAUCGAAUUACCUGAUGAAGAAAAGAAACCAGAAGAAGAUAAAACUGAAGAAAAACCAGAAGAAAAAGGAAAAACAAAGAAGAAGCCUUCAAAGAAAGUAAUUCGUCGUAAAUCGAAACCAGAUGAUGUUACCGAAGAACAACCAGAGAAACCAAUUUUAACUGAAGAAUUAAUCGAAUUGAAACCAAAAGACGAAAUCGUAGAAGAAAAACCAGAAGAUGAAAUCAAACCAGAACUUGAUGAGUCUAAAAUAGAUGUUGAAACAGUGAAAAAGACUGUGAAAAAAUCAAAACGAAAAGAUUCAGUGACCGAACUACAGGAAGGUGAAGAAGAUAAAGAAGUAACUGAAGAUACACAAGUUACUGUAUCGGAAGAAAUAAUCGAACUUCCUGGUGAAGAACAAAAACCAGAAGAAGAGAUUCCAGAAGAAAAACCUGAAGAAGGUAAACCAAAAAAACCAUCAAAGAAAAAAGUAAUUCGACGUAAAUCGAAACCAGAUGUCGCUGAAGAAAAGAUGGAUGAAAGUAAAAAACCAGUCAUGACCGAAGAAUUGAUUGAAUUGAAACCAAAAGAUGAGCUUUUUGAUGAAGAAAAGCAAGAAGAUGAAACGCGACCGGAAAUAGAAGCCAUAGUGGAUGAUGAAACAACAAAAAAGACAGUGAAAAAGUCUAAACGAAAAGAUUCAGCAACCAAAUUACAGGAAAGUGAAGAAGAUAAAGAAAUCAUUGAAGAAACACAAGUUACAGUCACUGAAGAAGUUAUUGAACUUCCUGGUGAAGAACAGCAGAAACCUGAAGAAGAAAAACCCGUGGAAAAGAUGGCGGAAGAUGAAGAAAAACCAGAAGAAGAAGGUAAGCCGAAAAAACCAUCAAAGAAAAAAGUGAUUCGACGAAAAUCGAAGCCAGAUGUCGUUGAUGAAGAAGAAAAACAACCAAUUGUCACUGAAGAAUUAAUCGAAUUGAAACCAAAAGACGAAUUUGUCGAAGAACAAAAACCAGAAGAAGAAAUCCAACCAGAACUUGAACAAACCAAAGUGGAUGUUGAAACAACAAAGAAAACGAUUAAAAAGUCGAAACCUAAAGAUUCAGCAACCAAACUACAGGAAGGUGAAGAAGAUAAAGAAAUUACGGAAGAAACACAAAUUACAGUCACUGAAGAAGUUAUUGAACUUCCAGAUGAAGAACAAAAACCAGAAGAAGAAAUUCCAGAAGGGAAACCUGAAGAAGGUAAACUAAAGAAACCAUCAAAGAAAAAAGUAAUUCGACGUAAAUCGAAACCAGAUGAUGUUACUGAAGAACAACCAAAGGAACCGAUUUCGGUUGUCACCGAAGAACAAAUUGAAAUGAAACCAAAAGAAGAUAUCUUAGAUGAAAAACCAGAAGAUGAAAUCAAACCCGAUGCUGUUGAAUCAACAGUGGAUGUUGAAACAGUGAAAAAGACUGUGAAAAAGAAAACUAAACGUCGCGAAUCGAAAUCAGAAUUGGAACAACCAAAAGAAGAAACAGAAUUUGAAGAAGAAACAGAAUUUGAAGAAGAAACUGAAAUUACAAUAACCGAAGAGAUUAUAGAAUUUCUUGGUGAAGAAUUGAAACCUGAAGAGGAGAUUGAAGAAAAACCCGAAGAAGGAAAACCAAAAAAACCAUCGAAAAAAGUUAAAAGACGUAAAUCAAAACCAGAUUCAUUGUUAUUGGCUGAAGAAGAAGAAGAUCAGCCAAUCAAAAGGGAAUCUAGUCCUGAAGAAGAAACUGAAGAAAUCACAAAAACACCGAAAAAAUUGAAAAAAGAUAAGAAACCAGCCGAUGUAAUGGCGGAAAAAUUAGAGCCAGAAAUUAUAUCGAAAAAAGUAACCGAAGAUGAACAACCUGAAGACGAAAAGGAAACAACCGUCACUAUGGAAGAAUAUCCAGCUGAAAAAGAUGCAGAUGAAAUUGAAGACAUAGAAAUUACGACCGAAGAAAUAACUAAAGAAAAGAAAAAAGGUGUGAAAAAAUUAAAACCAAAAGAAAAGGAAAUUCUUCACCAGAAACCAACAGAAGAAUUACAACAGCCUGAAGAAAAAGAUGCUGUUACAACGACGGAAGAAACAAUUGAUUUGAAAACAUUCGAUAUCGAUGAACAACGACCAGAAGAUGAAAUUCAACCGGACAUUGAACAUACCGUUGAUGUUGUGACAAUGAAAAAAGUGAGUGAAAAACCAAAACGUCGAAAAUCACAACCAACAUGCAUUGAGGAAACAAUUGAUCAGAAAGAUAUUUCGGAAGAGACCACGGUUACCGUAACUGAAGAAAUAAUUGAACUACCAGAUGAACAAGAAAAACCUGAAGAACAGCAGCAGCAACUCGAAGAAGGUAAACCGAAAAAAUCUUCAUCGAAGAAAAUUCGACGUAAAUCUAAACCGGAAAUUGUUGAAGAAAUCAAAGAUGUUGAUGAACCAGUGAUAACUGAAGAAUUUAUCGAACUGAAAUCAGCCGAUGAAUCUGUGGUUGAAGAACAAAAAUCUGUUGAUGAUGCUGAAAUUAAACCCGAAAUGGAUGAAUCAAAAAUUGAAAUUAAAACUAAAAAAUCGGUUAAAAAACCAAAACGUAGAGAAUCGCUAACACAAUUAGAUGAAACAAAACCCGAAAAAGAAAUGGAAGAAAAAACACAGGUAACAGUGACAGAAGAAAUUAUCGAAUUACCGGAUGAAGUGCAAGAAGAACCGGAAGAAAUUCCAGAAGAGAAACAACCAGAAGAAGAAAAACCAAAGAAGAAACCAUCAAAGAAAAUUCGACGUAAAUCGAAACCUGACGAUAUCACUGAAGAUAAACCUGAAAAACCGGUUGUAACCGAAGAAUUGAUUGACUUGAAACCCAAAGAUGAAAUUAUUGAUGAAAAAUUGUCAGAAGAAAAAGAAAUAAAACCCGAUGAAGUCGAAUCAACAGUUGAUGUUGAAACAACAAAAAAGACAGUGAAAAAAUCCAAACGAAAAGAUUCAGUGACCAAAGUACAAGAGGGUGAAGAAGAUAAAGAAUUCAUUGAAGAAACACAAAUUACAGCAACUGAAGAAGUUAUUGAACUUCCUGGUGAAGAACAGCAGAAACCUGAAGAAGAAAAACCCGAGCAAAAGAUGGCGGAAAAUGAAGAAAAACCAGAAGAAGAAGGUAGACCGAAAAAACCAUCAAAGAAAAAAGUGAUUCGACGAAAAUCGAAGCCAGAUGUCUCUGAAGAAAAGAUGGAUGAAAGUAAAACACCAGUCAUGACCGAAGAAUUGAUUGAAUUGAAACCAAAAGAUGAGGUUUUCGAUGAAGAAAAACAGGAAGAAGAAAUUCAGCCUGAACUUGAAGAAUCCAAAAUCGAAUUUGAAACCAAAAAAUCAGUGAAAAAAUCCAAACGCAAAGAAUCUGUAACUACAGAAUUGGAAGAAAGUAAAGAAGAUAAAGAAGUAACUGAAGAGACACAAGUUACCGUAUCGGAAGAAAUAAUCGAACUUCCAGAUGAAGAGCAAAAACCAGAAGAAGAAAUCUCAGAAGAGAAACCCGAAGAAGGUAAACCAAAGAAGAAACCUUCGAAGAAAAUACGACGAAAAUCAAAACCAGAUGUCGUUGAUGAAGAAGAAAAACAGCCAAUUGUCACUGAAGAAUUAAUCGAAUUGAAACCAAAAGACGAACUUGUUGAUGAACAAAAACCAGAAGAAGAAAUCCAACAAGAACUUGAACAAACCAAAGUGGAUGUUGAAACAACAAAGAAAACGAUUAAAAAGUCGAAACGUAAAGAUUCAGCAACCAAAUUACAGGAAGGUGAUGUUGAUAAAGAAAUUACGGAAGAAACACAAAUUACAGUCACUGAAGAAGUUAUUGAACUUCCAGAUGAAGAGCAAAAACCAGAAGAUGAAACUGAAGAAAAACCAAAAGAAGAAGGUAAACCAAAGAAACCAUCAAAGAAAAAAGUGAUUCGACGUAAAUCUAAACCAGAAAUUACUGAAGAACAACCAGAAAAACCAAUUGUAACUGAAGAAUUGAUUGACUUGAAACCAAAAGACGAAAUCGUAGAAGAAAAACCAGAAGAUGAAUUCAAACCAGAACUUGAUGAGUCUAAAAUAGAUGUUGAAACAGUGAAAAAGACUGUGAAAAAAUCGAAACGAAAAGAUUCAGUGACCGAACUACAAGAAGGUGAACAAGAUAAAGAAGUAACUGAAGAUUCACAAGUUACUGUAUCGGAAGAAGUUAUUGAACUUCCUGGUGAAGAACAGCAGAAACCAGAGGAAGAGAUUUCAGAAGAAAAACCUGAAGAAGGUAAACCGAAAAAACCUUCAAAGAAAAAAGUGAUUCGACGUAAAUCUAAACCAGAAAUUACUGAAGAACAACCAGAAAAAUCAGUGGUUACCGAAGAAUUGAUUGAAUUGAAACCAAAAGACGAACUUGUUGAAGAACAAAAACCUGAAGAUGAGAUUCAACCAGAACUUGAAGAAGCCAAAGUGGAUGUUGAAACAACAACAACAAAGAAAAUGAGCAAAAAAUCGAAACGAAAAGAUUCAAUAACAAAACAACAGGAAAGUGAAGAAGAUAAAGAAAUUACGGAAGAAACACAAAUUACAGUCACUGAAGAAAUUAUCGAAUUACCUGAUGAAGAACAGAAACCAGAAGAUGAAAGUGAAGAAAAACCAAAAGAAGAAGGCAAACCAAAAAAACCAUCAAAGAAAAUACGACGUAAAUCUAAACCAGAAAUAACUGAAGAACAAACGGAAAAACCGAUUGUAACUGAAGAAUUGAUAGAAUUGAAACCGAAAGACGAAAUUAUCGAUGAAAAGUCCGAAGAUGAAUUUAAACCAGAACUUGAUGAAUCUAAAAUAGGCAUUGAGACAACAAAGAAAACGAUUAAAAAAUCAAUACGUAAAGAUUCAGCAACCAAAUUGCAGGAAGGUGAGGAAGAUAAAGAAAUCACGGAAGAAACACAAGUUACUGUAUCGGAAGAAAUAAUCGAACUUCCUGGUGAAGAACAGAAACCAGAAGAAGAUAUUCCAGAAGAAAAACCAGAAGAAGAAAUUCCAGAAGAGAAAUCCGAAGAAGGUAAGCCAAAGAAGAAGCCUUCAAAGAAAGUAAUUCGUCGUAAAUCGAAACCAGAUGAUGUUACUGAAGAACAACCAGUGAAACCAAUUGUCACUGAAGAAUUGAUUGACUUGAAACCAAAAGAAGAAAUCUUAGAUGAAAAACCAGAAGAUGAAAUCAAACUUGAUGAAGUCGAAUCAACAGUUGAUGUUGAAACAGUGAAAAAGACUGUGAAAAAAUCUAAACGAAAAGUAUCGAUUACAAAAUCACAAGAAAGUGGAGAAGAUGAUAAAGAAAUUAUUGAAGAAACAAAAGUCACAGUUACUGAAGAAAUAAUCGAACUUCCUGGUGAAGAACAAAAACCAGAUGAGAUAAAACCUCAAGACGAAAUUCCUGAUCAAGGUAAACCAAAGAAACCAUCAAAGAAAAUACGACGAAAAUCGAAACCAGAAAUCCAAGAAGAAGAAAAACAACCCGAACAAGUUGUUACCACUGAAGAAGUGAUCGAUUUGAAACCAAAAGAGGAAAUUAUCGAUGAACAAAAGCCAGAAGAAGAAACUAAACCAGAACUCGAAGAAUCCAAAAUCGAUGUUGAAACAAAAAAAUCAGUGAUAAAACCAAAACGUCGUGAAUCAAAAACAAAAUCUGAACAGCAGCCUACAGAGGACAAAGAUGUAACAGAAGAAACCAAAAUAACAGUUACUGAAGAAAUCAUUGAAUUACCUGGUGAAGAACAAAACCAGAAGAAGAAAAACCCGAAGAAAAGAUAACGGAAGAAGAAAAGCCUGAGGAAA